CAUGGUAGGACAUGUGUAAGCAUGUGUGACCAGACAGAGUUGGACUAUGAAAACUUAUCAAGAUCAAGAUGCUUUAUCACAGACUGAAAACGUUCAUCUUUGAAGAGAGUGUCCUGAAGGCCCUAAUAUUUUCCUGGGAGAAAAUGCUGAUGACCUCAUCUAGGAGUACCUCAAGUUUCAGCUGUGAGUUGGAUGUCAGCAUAUCCUAUUGUUUUGGACACACAACAGUGUUGUCUAUGUUGAUUUAUAAGGCAUAAAAAAGCCUGAAUGGAAACUUCUGAUAUACACCAAAAAGAUAAAUGUGAAUGAUGCUUGCCUGAGCAAAACUUCUGAUUCCAAUCUAGGGCAAUGUACCACAAUAGCGACAAAGACUAAAAUAUAGUACAAAUGCAAAGUAAAUUACACUACAGUGAUAUAUGUAUUCUUUGCCUUCAAUACUUGUUAAAUUGUCUUUAUAUCCAAAACAACAUGGAAAUUAAAGCUAAAUGAUAAUAUAAAGUAUGUGACAAUAAGUGCACAUUUUUUGUACAUUUUAUUGUCUGCAGAAACAACAGUUUGUUUAUGUAUAUGAGCUCAGGUCCGCUUCAAAACCAAUCCAAGCACUUCUAAUCAUGGAGUCACCGAAAUGCCAACACCCUGGAUUACAAAAGCCUAAUGGACAAAAAUUAAAUAAGAAAGCAAACAGUCUUUAUUUAAGACAGAUUUAUUUAAGCAUUACAGUUUUUUGUAUUUGUUUUCAUACAUCAAUAGGCCUACUGAUAAAUGAGCUGAGAACUUCCUCUUUGCAUUGUGUGAAUUUUCCUACACCUUUUUAGUGAACCUAAUAUCUCUUGCACAAACAUGUUUUGUUUGAACAUGCACGUUGCAGUUACUCAGGUUCUACGAUUUUGCUUUCUCAUAAAAUGAAACUUAAAGAAUCCCCCAAAUGUGAUUGGACAGUGGGAGUUCUAUGUAAGUGAUACAUCACAAUAGUUGACCUGAUUUAAUAGGUAUAUAAACACAAGACAAGAAGUUGUGUAGCUCUUUCUGUAAGGAUUUUCAUCUGUAUACUCUUUCCUGAAUACUUUUGCUAAAUUGAGUUUCCCCAGCAAGAGAAGAAUCAUGUAUCUUUUAUGGCCUCUGCUGUUUCUUCAUGUUUCAGCACGGCACUGGACUCUGUUUGAUGAACAGUUAAAGCCUAAACGGCAGGGCAGAGUGAGAUUGGUGGGUGAUCUGCCUUCCUCUGGUCGUGUGGAGGUGUAUCACGAUGGACAGUGGGGUUCAGUGUGUGAUGAUGGAUGGGAACUUGCUGAAGCUCAGGUGGUGUGUCGUCAGCUGGGUUUUCCUGGAGCUGUAUCAGCAACAGCUGGAGGACAAUAUGGUGAAGGCUCUGGUCCGAUCUGGCUGGAUGAUGUAAACUGUAAAGGCUCGGAGAACUCAUUGUCUGAUUGCUGCUUCAAAGGUUGGGCUGUCACUGACUGCACACAUAAAGAAGAUGCAGGAGUUGUCUGUGAAACUGGUAAAAACAUGAGCGGCAUUCAUCAGGUCUAUGUGGACAACAGUCUGGGUUUGUCUGAUGAUCUUGGCGUUCUGUUUGACAGUGGAGAUGGUUGUGAUAUCAGCAUUUAUGUACGUGACCUCAGUGAAGAUGCAGAAUUAACCUUUUGUGUGCACAGUUUGAUCCUCAUGGCUUAUUCAAAAUUAAACAUAACACACAACCCUGAAAACUUCACAGUGGAGGUCAGCCAGACGUGCCAUCCUCAUGUCCCUGAUUUUCUCAGGUAUUUGUACACUAGGCAGGUUGAGGUUUCCAUCACAUCGGCCCAAUGCCUCCAUCAGCUGGCUUAUAUCUUUGGAGUGAAGAAGCUUAUGGAGGAUGUUGGCAGGGUCUUCACUUUACUCAUUCCUGAAGACAACAGCUUCCAGACCCAAGUGUCCAUGUACGAGUAUGGUGUCCGCACGGGCGAUAUUGUUCUGCAGGAGAAUGUCCUUCAGUACCUUUCCUGGAACUGUGAGUUCCUCAUCAGUUCUCCGGUGUGGAGCACCCUCUCCUUUCACAUGAUGGACGCUCUUCUGUUGCGCUCAGACCUGGUUGUCAGGGAUGAAGCUUUUCUUCUUGAAGCACUGGAGAGCUGGAUCCAAGACAAAGAUGUUGCAGUUAGUCCAGAACAACAGGUCAGUCUCCUGAAUCACAUCCGCUUCCUGUUGGUCCCAGUUGAUAAACUCUAUGACCUGCUGUAUAGCUCAAGCAUUCUCCGUCAGAAUCACGAGAAACUGUAUCUAACUGGCUUGCUCAAAGGCUUUCAGUUCAACGCUCUUCCAUUCUCUAAGAUCAGGAAGCAGCUGGACAACAUCAGCGAUGAGUAUCUGCCCAGAAUCUACACUGCAGCUGAGUUGAGUGUAUUCAUCAAUGACACCAUAGCCAAUUAUCAGACCAGUCACUACUACUAUGGGCAAAAUAACAGAAUCCAAACUCUCUCAGCUCCUGUACACACUAGUGCUAUUUUCAAAGACCAAAAUAUCCAAUGGCAAGCGCAGGUUUUUCUUAGCAUGCAAGAGUGCUCUUAUUAUGGUUUUACAUGUGAUUCUCUUCCUGUUGCGAAAUUCUUCCGCUAUAACAAUAUGUACGAUUACGCCAGCACCAUUCGCUACAACAACAGGUUGAUUCUCAGCUGUAAAAAUGUAAACAAAGUCUUUCAUGUUCAAGAUUUCAAAAAUGAUGUGGCGGUGAUUCCUAACAACAGCAGUAUGGGCCUGCCGAACCCCUGUCCUGAUGACUACAGUUUUAGAUUUGUAGUGCGUCCAGAGUAUAUCUGAUGACUUCAGGUUGGUUCCCGCAGUCGUUUUAGUUCACUUCUGUCUAGUCAUUUCAAUCAAAUCAUUUUAGAAUCAUGUUUACUCAUUAUUUACAACAUAUGAUAGUGAUUUAUGAUCAUUAUUUUGAUGAUUUUCUCUAAUUGAUCAUAUUAAUAGACAUUAACAAUAUUUGGCUGGUUUAAAUGCACUUAAAUAAAAAUACAUUUCUUUCAUAAUCUCUGUUUAACUUUAUUGCAUUCUGGGGUUGAUAUGUGGUUGCUAGGAUGUUUUGGGUGGUUGCCGGGCAUUGCAAUAGAGUUCACUAGUGCCCGUCCACUUUUUCAGCCAUUUUGGUUCUGGAAGUAUUUUUUCCAUUCACCUUUUUCUACAGAGAUUUCAUAAAGUCCUUCAUAAAGACAUGAACUUAACCACUGAAUA